AGACGCAAGACCACACACACACAUACACAUCCGCUGAUAAUCUCUUGACCAAACCGAUCCAAACCUACCAAACACGCGCUAAUUUUUAUUUAGACAUUUCGUUCGACGUAACCUGCGGCGACGAGCGAGCGUUCCCGCCUCCUGGCCGGCUGCUGACCAGGCAAUCCGUGUCGUAGUGGUGGACUCCAUUGAAAAUCCUUAAAUCUUACGUGACAGCAGCUGGAUUUUGCACCGAUCGCACCACGUCUCCGUCUGUUUGCGGCUCAAGGUUUCAGCGAUGGGCGCCUCCACCUCGCCUCGUCUCGCCUUGCUAGUAGUGGUCGCGGCGGCGGCGUUCGUCUUCGUCUCGCCGGCGAUGGCUUUCCCGAUGGGAUUGCCGGCGACGGCGAACCCGUUCCCGAACCCGUGGUCCGCUUUCCAGAACCUCUCUGGGUGCCACGCCGGCGAGGAGAGGGAGGGGCUAGGGAGGCUCAAGGAUUACCUCAGCCACUUCGGCUACCUCCCGCCGCCGCCGUCGUCGUCGCCGUACAGCGACGCGUUCGACGACUCCCUGGAGGCCGCCAUCGCCGCGUACCAGCGCAACUUCGGCCUCAACGCGACGGGGGAGCUGGACACGGACACCGUGGACCAGAUGGUCGCCCCGCGCUGCGGCGUCGCCGACGUCAUCAACGGGACAUCCACCAUGGACAGGAACUCGUCGGCGGCCGCCCUCCGCGGCCGCCACCUGUACAGCUACUUCCCCGGCGGGCCGAUGUGGCCGCCGUUCCGCCGCAACCUCAGGUACGCGAUCACCGCGACGUCCGCGACGUCCAUCGACAGGGCGACGCUGAGCGCCGUGUUCGCGCGGGCCUUCUCCCGGUGGGCCGCCGCCACGAGGCUGCAGUUCACGGAGGUGUCCUCGGCGUCGAACGCCGACAUCACGAUCGGGUUCUACUCCGGCGACCACGGGGACGGCGAGGCGUUCGACGGGCCACUGGGCACGCUGGCGCACGCGUUCUCGCCGACGGACGGGCGGUUCCACCUGGACGCCGCGGAGGCGUGGGUGGCCAGCGGCGACGUGUCCACCUCGUCGUCGUUCGGCACGGCGGUGGACCUGGAGUCCGUGGCGGUGCACGAGAUCGGGCACCUGCUGGGGCUCGGCCACUCGUCGGUGCCGGACUCCAUCAUGUACCCGACGAUCCGCACGGGGACGAGGAAGGUGGACCUGGAGUCCGACGACGUCCUGGGGAUACAGAGCCUGUACGGGACCAACCCAAACUUCAAGGGCGUCACGCCGACGUCGCCGUCGACGAGCAGCCGGGAGAUGGACGGCAGCGCGGCCGCCGCCGGCAUCCGGCCGUGGAGUGGGUUCGUUGGAUUAGUUGUGCCGGCAGUUGUCCUGCUCUUAGCUCCGUAGACUUUCUAGUCCAUUUUUCGUGCCUCGGUGUUGCCACGUCCAUCUCUGGUUCUAUUUCUUGUACGAUAGAUUAUUGUUGACUUUUGGACAGAUUCUUGUGUACAUAACAUUACUGAAGAAUUAUAGAUAUCAAUAUCAUACAUAUUUUUUUGAUAGAGAAA